AUGUAUAUAAAUGACUUACAAUUUUUGACGGCAUGCAGUACAUUUGUCAACAGCAAUAUGUUCAACUGCAUGUUUAGUGAUAAAAAGAGAAACUUGAAGACAAAUCAUCCGACAGUUCAAGAUAUGUUUCAAAACUUGAUCAAAUACGAGGAUGUGAAAGAUCUUGUUAAAAAAUCAAUUUCAUCGAAUAGCGAACUUAUUGAUUUCCGUUUGAUACCGUUUUCGGAAGACAAAUUAGGAUAUCUAGGUUCACAUUUUUCACUAAUCGUCACGGGAAGACAGCCAGGACAUGAAAAUGAGUUAAGAAAUUUCUUUUUAAAGACGCUACCUUAUGAAGUACCUGGGCAAGUAGCAUAUGUUCAGGAAAAAGGAUGCUUUCGUAAGGAAACGAAAUUUUUUAAUUUGGUAGUGCCACUAAUGACUGACAACUUUAGAGGAGAGAGAUGGGUACCCAAAUGUUACUCGGCAAAGCAUAAUGUAAUGAUAUUUAAAGAUAUGAAACCGAAAGGUUUUUCAAACAGGAAUAGAUUGUUGGAUGAAAAAUGUAUUGAGGCCGCUUUUGAAUGCAUUGCUCGAAUGCACGCCUCUUCUCUACUCGCAGAAGAGAAAUUUCAAGGAAGGUCGCUCAGAGAUUUAUUUCCAGACGUGUUCGAAGAAUCGGAGUUUUUGCGCGAGGGGAGCAGCUUCACUGCGUUAACGGUAGGUGUAAAGCUUGCGAUUGAUCUAGCAAAAGAUAUGGGCCUUGACUCGAGUAAUAUCCAACGGGCUGGUGAGCGAAUUUUCGGCGUGGGACAAUCUUCGAAAACCAAAAGCAACGUUGUCUGUCACGGCGACCUUUGGAGUAGUAACUUGAUAUUCGAUCAUGCUAACCACUGCAGACUCGUGGAUUUCCAAAUGGUUCGUUAUUUGCCACCAGCUCACGAUCUUAUGUUGCUGCUAUAUUAUGGCGCUGCCACGGAAGUUAGACAACACGAACGGCAAUUGGUUGAACAUUACUAUCGAGUCUUCAUCGACACUUUAGAGUUAAAUAAUUUUAAAGGCAACGUUCCAGGUUUUGAGGAAUUAUUGCAAGGUAUCGCAGAGUUAAGAUUGCCAGCUCUUUUCACGGCAGUAUUGUACCAUCCAAUAGUGUUAUUGGAUACUUCAACAGCCAGUAAGAUAAUGAGCAAUCCAACAACGUGUGAGGCUAUCUUCUUUGGAGACAGAAAGUCUAUCGUUAAAGAUUAUAUGGCUAAAAAUCAUGAAUACAAAAAAAAAAUUCAAGAGAAUAUCAAGGAGUUUGUGGACAUGUCAUUACUUAUUGAUUCUAUACCAGAGUAUACGUAAAACGAAGUUUAUAAUAAAUAA